AUCUUCUUCUUCCCUCAAAUUGCUUUUCCUCAUCUCAAUCUUACUCACCGCCAGAGCUCAGGUGGAUCAUGCCACAAGUUUUCAGUUCAUGAACGAGGCUAGUGAAUGGUCAUGGGCAACAGCUCGGGAGGGGUCCCGUGUCCACCUUGGUCAGGGCGGUCUUAGUACCCUAACAAUUGUUUCAGAGCACACGGCCCUGUUCAUCCCUGCACAAGAGGCUGCUCCAGAAUCAUCGAAUGCAGGCGAUGAGAGUUCAAGAUCAAAGUUUUUGCACUCUUGAUUUUCCAUUUUUGGGAAUAUUGUUCCAUUCGAUUUGAUAUGGUAAUUUUUUUUCCGUUUUCUUUAAAAUGAGGUGGAUGUUUGAGUAAUUAUAUGCAUCACUCCUGUAUGUUCUAUGAUCUGCUAGACUUGCUUUGAAUCUCAAAUAUCUGAUAUAUUAUUUGCUGAAUCUGUCUGUAAGGUUAAGAAAUGAAGUCAGAGAAA